AUGGUGGGAGACUACAACCGCUUUUACAAGGUCGUCUCGGGAGACACUUGCGCCAUCGUCUCCUCGAAAGCCGGCAUCUCCACCACGCAGUUCAGCGCCUGGAACCCGCAGACGGGCGGCGCCGCCUGCUCGUCCCUCUGGCUCGGUUACUAUGUCUGCACCGGCGUCGUCGACACCGCUCCAUCCCCUCCGACCCCGACCCAGGGUGGCAACGGCGUCGCGACUCCGAUCUCGAUCCAGGCGGGCAUGGUUGGAAACUGCAAAAAAUUCCACUUCGUCAAGCCCGGCGAGACCUGUGCCGUCAUCGCGGCGAACAACAAGACCUCGACCAGCGCCUUCAUAAAGUGGAAUCCUGCUGCUGGAGCAAGCUGCACGGGACUAUGGGUUAACACGUACGCCUGCAUUGGAAUCUUAGGAAUGGUUGCUUUCAAAUUUAUUUGCUUGAACGACGUGUAG